AGCUGACUUAAUUUCAUUGUUUAUAGAAGUCUCACGUCCUAUUCUGGACAAAGAAAACUUAUUAAAACAUUUGCCCCUUCAGACAUUACAAUAUUGGGCAUCUCUAACUCUCUGUAUGAGGGAUAGACUUCAAAGUUCAAAACAGGCAGAGAGUGAGAAAAAGUAGAGAGAGGAGGCCAAGAAUCAUGAGUUCUCAAUCAGAAACUACCUUGAAGCAUUUUAGCCAUCCUCACCCCUUAAAGCUCACCAAUCAUCAAAACAUUUCUGCUUCAGCCACAUGUUCAGGAUGCAAAUUGCAAGUUAAUUCAGGAACGAAUUGCUACAGUUGCACCAAAAACUGCCACUAUUUCCUGCACACCAAGUGCGCAAAAAUGCCGUCGAAAAUCACUCACCCUUUCGAGAAAAAAGGCCAUGUUCUAACCCUCUAUUCAAAAUCUCCCUACGAAGGAAGCUCGCAUUACAACUGUGACGCUUGUGGGAAACCUGGACAGGGUUUUUGCUACCACUGCAAAAUUUGUAAGAAUGACCUUCACAUUCUUUGCGCGGUCUUGCCAUUAAAAUUCAACCACCAAUCUCAUCCCCAUCAAUUAAAUCUAAUUUUCUCGCCAACCCAUUACAACAAAAUAUUUGUUUGCGAUGUUUGUGGCGAUUCCGGGUCCGAUCAUUGGCUCUACCGCUGCAACAACAGUGGCUGCGAUUUCGACGUUCAUCUGAACUGUAGAAAUAUUCCGACACCCCGGCUACAAAAUCAAGCACCUACAACCUCCUCAAGAUCUCUCCAUCAUCAACCACCACAAAGUUAUUCAUCAUAUCAUGUUCCAACAGGGAUUCCAACAACUCAUCCAUAUCAGGGGAUGGAUAAUUAUUAUGCAGUAAUUAUGGCUGAAAUGAUGAGGCUUGAACAAGAACUUCUGGCUGUUCAACACAGGAUGAAUCAGCAGCAGAUGCAAGUCUUUCAACAGAUACAAAAUAUGACGGCUGCACAAAGAUAUGGAAAUGGUGGGUUUGGAGGAAUCCAAAACCUGAUUCAUGGAUUAACAGGAGGACCAACGAAUAUGCUUGGUGGUAAUAUUCCGGGUCUUGACCCUUUCAGCGUCUUAGGUGGUGGUGGAGGUUUUGGUGGGAUGGAUUUUACAAGUUUCCUUGGUGGUGGUGGAUUUGAUAUCUUUGGAAAUUUGGGUAUUGGAAGUUUCCUUGGAGGAGGUUUCGGUUUCGGUUUCUGUUAAGAAUGUUGAAGAAGUGGAUCGUCGAACAAGAAUCAAGAUAUUGGUUUCUUUGAGAUUCCAUGCUUGCUAAUUCAUUCACUUUGAUUUUGAUUUGGUGUGUGCACAUGCUUUCUUCAAUUCAGUUUGGAAAACAGAUUAUGUAAUGUACUAAUUAGUUUGUACAAUAACAUCCCUCAGCUGGAGCGUUUCUGAUAUCCGGAAUUUGAAACUGUAUACUCCUUCCGUCCCAUAAUUAUUGUCCAGUUUGGGUUCUCAUUUUUAAUUCAAAUUGUACUAAAAGUGAAAUAUCAAACCGAACAAUAAUUUUGGGACAGAAGGAGUAUAUGUUAAGAUGUAUUGUCUCACAUCGCUACAUAAAGAGAAGUGGUUCAGUAAAUCUGUAUAUGUUAAUUUGAAGUUUUACUACAUUUAAGUUCGUUUUUCAUCAACAUGG